AUGUACUCACAGCGACGAACACCCCCGCCGCUGAAACGAUCGAAUUCGGGAGCAAGCCACAACAGCCAUGGCAGCGCUGCUACUACUGUGUCGCGAUCAAGCUCCAAGCUGCUAUUUGGUGAAAUUCCACUUAGUCCAGUGACGAGCGCUGAUGGAAGAUCAAUCCCGUCCAAUGGCUCCAUCUGCAACCUGGUGCUCUCUACGAGCUCCGUCUUCUUGCGCUUCUGGCUCAACGAUGACUGUCGCGAAAAUGUUCUUAACCGCGUCGAGGCUGAAGACCUAGCCAACUUGCGCCUUGUAUGCCACGACUUCUCGUCAAAGGCCGCACCGCGACUCUUUGAAAAGAUGACUGUGACGUUCAAGACUUCCACCUUUACCAAGCCUGCGCGCAUGGAUGCGCUUUCAAGGAUAGGUCGCCAUGUCAAGACCUUUACCUUUUACAUGCCCCAUACCCCAGAGACCUGCCUACCCCCCAUCAUCGACCCAUUAACUGGCACAGAGAAGCAAUUCCUCUAUGAGCCGCAAGUUCAAGUCCCGCAGUGUGGUCCAGCCAAGGACAAGGCACCCAAGUACGGCACCUGGGAGAUGCAAGAUCUGCUCAUCAAGCAGUACCCGCCCCUGUUUCAUGCGGCUACUAACGUUCCUGCCUUUUGCGCUGCCUUUUCCGAACUCAUUAACCUCACUCAUCUCAAAGUCUCGUGCCCCGCAUCUACCGGUGCACAUAGGCAUCGCCGUGGUGUUGUAGAUUAUGCCCUCAUCUCCCUUCGCAUUGCCAUUGAGCGCGCGCCACUGUACAGCCUCUCUGCUCUGUCACUUCUUCCCAUCCACCCAGGCGGCCUACUCUACCUCCACCCCAUGCACGGCUUAGGUAGCACACCAUCGUCCGCCAAGCGCUGGCGACAGAUCCGCCGGCUCUCCAUCUGCAUGGAGAGCGUGCCCUUUGCAUCAACAUCCCUCCGAACCCGCACUCAAUCUCUAGAACACCUCCGCAUCCUACACGCCUACCUCGCCACCCUCUCGCGCAACCUCACCCGCGUCUUCUUCCGCUGGAAAGGCGCCCGCGGACCCUCCCCCCUAUCCCUUGACCUCGAACCCUGUAUGCUCCCCACCCAAGACCAAAGCACCCAGCACCCUUCUCUCCGCACCCUCCCCCACGGCCCCCGCCCCCUCACCUUCCCCCGCCUGCGCAUCAUGGAACUCGAAAACGCCAUCAUGGACUCUUACCAAAUCACCGACUUCAUCCUCAAGCACAACAGCACCCUCCGCGAAUUCAACUUUGAAGACGUCAAGCUCCGCGAGGGCGACUGGGACAUUGCCCUUGAGCCCCUCACAUGGAUCUCCGGUAGCGACAGCUGGAAGCAGUACAAGGAGGAAGUCAUGGAUGUCCCGAUUAUGCUGUCGCCGGUUGAGAUUGCGCCGCCCGAGCCCAGGAUUAUGGGGCCCCUGAUGCAGGAGGUUGAGAGCGCGAUUGAGAUGGCGAGUGGACGCGAGAGGAGGGAGCAUGCGCUUUCCAGGUGGUUGGGCCGACCGAGGCAUAAGAGCGGCAUGGCGCCCAAUAAUAACAAGGAUAGCUUUUGGGGUGGGAGCAAGCGGUUGCUUCAUCUUUCUGGGUGGAAGCAGGGUGGUGGCGCGGUUAUGGCGUGUUGA